UGGUUCUCCUCUCCUACUUUUCUUUCCCUUCAGAUACCAGCAUAUCCGCAUUGGUCCCCAUAUCUAAAAGCAGUGGAGAAUGGUAUUUUAGAAAUAUUAAGCACAAAAAUAGUGAAGCCAUCGCAAAACCCGGAGGAUGAGAAAUUAAUGAAGUCAGCGCGGUAUCUAGCAAAAAUCGAGUACGACUGGUUGGCAACAGUUAUCGAACGGUGCACCUUCCUACUUUUUCUUCUUGUCUUCCUUUUCGUGUCGCUUGGAAUCAAUUUUGUCGGAUUCAUACACUGGACAUACUCGGAACCACCCGCACAUGCAGUGCCAGUAUUCUUGCACUCUGGGCUUUAGCG